GUUUUCCUCCAAACAGUCAACGUGUUUGGAUUAAUCAGCGUCCUGCAGGAGCAGAGUGAUCUCAGGAUUAUUGACAUUUCUAUUUUUCUGACUAUUAGAUGUGUUUAAAAUGUCCACGUGUCAGGAUCUUUCAGUUUCUCCCGUGGAGGUCCAGCAGCUUCCAUUGAGCAAAGAAGAGAUUCCCCCCAAGCAGCAGGAAAGGAGCUACAGACUGAACCAGGAGAUGAAAGAGCCUCUGUGCAUUAAAGAGGAACCAGAGGAACUGUGGAGCAGUCAGGAGGGGGAGCAGCCGAAAGGGCCAGUGGAAGGUGGUAUCAGCAUGCUGACUUUUGUCCCUGUGAAGAGCGAAGAUGACACAGAGAAACCUCAGUCCUCACAGCUCCAGCAAAGAAAAACAGAACAGAUGGAGAGAGGAGCUGAUGGAGACAACUGUGAAGGAUCAGAAGCAUCUAGGUUCUUUGAUCCAGAAAGAGAUUUACAACCAGAGACUGAGGUCAACACUGGAGACUCCUCUGAAGCUGAGACUGAUGACAGUGCUGAUUGGAGGGACACAACAGAAUCAGUAGGGGACAUCAAAAAGAAGAGAAGGAAGACUGAUAAGAAAUCCCUCUGCUGCUCUGAGUGUGGCAAAAUAUUUAAAUACAAAUGUCAGUUAAAGCAACAUAUGAGAAUUCACACUGGAGAAAAACCAUUCAGCUGCUCUGAGUGUGAUAAAAAAUUUACUCAGAAAUGCCAUCUAACUCAACAUGUGUUAGUUCAUGCACCACAGAAACUUUUCAGCUGCACUGAGUGUGGUAAAAGAUUUAAUCAAAAAUGUCAUCUGACAAGACAUAAGAAAAGUCACUCUCAUAGGGGCUCUUAUUCUGGUAAGAUUGUUAGUGAUAGAGGUCUAAAACCAACAAAUAAGAGAAUUCACACUGGAGAGAAACCCUUUGGCUGCUCAUGUUGUGGUAAAAGAUUUAUCACAAAGGUUAUUCUUAUAGGUCAUAUGAGAAGUCACACUGGAGAGAAACCCUUCAGCUGCACAGUUUGUGGUAAAAAGUUUAGUCUGAAAGGUAAUCUCACCAUACAUAAGUCAGUCCAUGAUACAGAGAAACGCUUCAGCUGCUCUGUUUGUGGGAAAAAAUUUACCCUCAAAGAUAAUAUGAUAAAACACAUGAUAAUCCACACAGGGGAGAAACCCUUCAGCUGCCCUGAUUGUGAUAAAAGAUUUACCCAAAGAGGUAAUCUUACCCAGCAUAUGUUUGUCCACUCUGGAGAGAAACCCUUCAUCUGUUCUGAGUGUGGUAAAAAAUUCACACACAAGUCUAAUCUAAGAGCUCACAUAGGUAGUCACAGAGGGGAGAAACCAUUCAGCUGCUCAGAGUGUGGUAAAAGCUUUAAGUUUAAUCAUUAUCUCACACUUCACAUGGCACAUCACAGAGGUGAGAAACCCUACAGCUGCAAUGUUUGUGACCGGACAUUUGCUUGGUCUUCUACAUUAAGGAGACACAAGUGUGUUGGUGGUCAGGCUUCAAAGCCUCUUCAAAACCAAACCGAGGAGAAGAAACGUGAAGCAGAAGCAGGAGCUGAUGGGGAGGACUGUGGAGGAUCAAAACUUUCCAGGAGCUCAGAUCCAGGAACAAAUAUACAACCAGAGACCGGGGUCAAGACGGAAGACUUUUCAGGACCUAAGUAAUGAUGAUUGGAAUGGGAACAGAGAACAUGAGCAAUGCUGGCAGAGUUCUGGGAUUUAAUAAUGUUAAGAGACCUCUCUGAGUGUACAGCAGUGUUCAGCUGGAGUGUUGAUCUGUAUUGUACCAAAUAUAAGUUGAUACACCUUAAUUCAUUUCGAGGAGACUUAGAUUAUGCAACUGUCUUAUGUGUCUUGGUUUUAAUGGAUAAAUUUGUGUGGAAACAGUAUGUAUGUGAAUUAAUUGCUAUUUCUUUUUUUUGUUUGUUUUUUUUGGUUUUUUUUGCAUUCUAUUAUGUGUUAUUAAACU